AUGGCGGGCGGAGGUACUAAGCAGGACCGAGCACAGCAGAAGGCGCUUGAGAAGCAAAAGCAGAAGUUAGUUGAGGACAAAACGUUUGGUUUAAAGAACAAGAACAAAUCUAAGACAGUGCAAAAGUUUAUCAAGAGCCUUCAGCAGCAAGUUACUGGGAAGCCUCCCGCGAGUAGCGAGAAGUUUAUUAGUGAGCAGAACAAGGCUAAAAGUGAGAAGCAAAAGCUUUCUCAACAGCAAGCAUUAUUGGCAUCAUUGUUCAGGGGUACCGAGAACAUCAAGCAAGUUGUGGUAGACCCUAACAAGCCAGCUUACGACCCUAAGCAGUCUCGUGAUGACCAGAAAAUCGAUAUAUACACAGAUCCCAGGACGCAAUCUCAGAAAGAUGAAAAUGAGAUGUCAACAUGGGAUCUGACAACUUUGGAGAAUGUUGUGAAACAGAAACAUGGUGCUGAUGCUUGUACUACGGAUAUAAUUUGCAAGCACUUUUUGACCGCACUUGAGACUAAGAAAUAUGGAUGGUUUUGGGUGUGUCCUAAUGGGGGUGACAAGUGUAAAUACCGUCACUGUUUACCUCCAGGGUUUGUCCUUAAGAGUGAUGUACCUAAAGAGGUAGAGGAUGACGAGGAGACUUUGGAAGAGCGUAUUGAGCGCCAGCGUGCUGAGCUUCCCCCUGGCGGUGAGAUGGUUACGGCUGAAUCGUUGGCUCGAUGGCGUGCUAAGAAGGAGGAGACUCGUCUAGAUCAAUUGAAGGAGUCUAUGCACAAGGGCGGUCAGGUUCAGUUGACUGGUAAGGAUCUGUUUACUUUCAAUCCGAGUUUGUUUAUGGACGACGACAGUGCUGCUGUUGAUUUGGAUUACGAUGACGAUGAGGAUAUAAAUGAGAUAAUUCGUGAGAACGAGCGUUCUUUGACAACGGGUAACGUAAUGCCGGAUGGAACACAAUACAAUGACGAGGAUGAUGAGUUGGACUCUGUUGACAUAAGCAAGCUGCGUAUCUAG